AUGAUUGACGUGAAGGAAUGGGCACAGUACGUGGUGGAGUGGGCCGCCAAAGACCCCUACGGUUUCCUCACCACCGUUGUCCUGGCGCUCACACCCCUAUUCAUCGCCAGUGCCCUGUUGUCGUGGAAACUCGCCAAGAUGAUCGAGGCCAGGGACCGGGAACAGAAGAAGAAGCAAAGGCGGCAGGAGAACAUUGCCAAGGCAAAGAGGCCAAAGAAAGACUGAGGUGCUCAGGAGCUGGAGUGGGGAAGUGACUAAUGCUGUGUUUGCCUCUGCCUCCAGAACCCCACCCUCCCACCACCCACUCCAGAGGAAGGGGCCACAGUCCUAAUAAUGGCUCGCAGGUUUUAGACAGAAGUGGUUUAACAGCACAAGCUCUGUGGAGCCACAGUGGAGAGGAGUAUCACUUACAGGCAGAGAGGGGAAAAGGGUGCAUUUUUCUGCAAGAAUCUCAUUUGCAGAAAUCUGUAGUCUUUGUAUAGUAGUUCAGCAUUCCAUUAGUUUCAGAAGUUUGUUCUGUUCCCCAAGGUGCCCUAUACAAGUUAACCCAUUAAUGAAAUACUUCAAAAUAAUGUGUGUUUAAUGAAAGAUUUUUUUAUAAAGAUGCUUGGAACACAACCUUGCCAUCACUGUUUGUGGUUUGAGUUCAGAUACUGAUGUAUUAUACAAAUUUGAUUCAUGAAAACAAAACAUCUAAAUCAGUCUGGGAAUCAAGGUGCUAUAUACCAGGUCCAAAGUUAACUUGUACUCCAGUGCGUCGUCCGUGAAUGUUUAUACCACUAAAUACCCGCUCUGAUUGACAGCUUUUUCAUAUGGUUGUAUGUGAUAGAUACAAGUUUGAAGACAAGGCUGUAGAAUGCAGGACUAUGAUCACCUGAAUAUAUCAACCAUGUCAGCCCACUGAAGUUAAGUAACCUCUCCUCUGACAAAUGGUCAUUAGAAAAUCUUUACCACAGAGUGAAUGGCCAUGGUCUUUCCAUUAGAUUGUGCCUAUUUAUGUGGCAGCACUCUACAUCUAUGGCUUUUAUCUUUAAAAAUAAUGUAAGACCGUAUUUCCUGGAGAGGAGUCAUCUGAGUGUUUACUCUGAAAUCAGUCUGUUGCGUCUCAAGAUCAAUGCCCUCAAUAAAUGUUUUUGUGCACACACACAAUUACAAACA